UGCAUGUUGAAAGUGAAUGUGUUGCUUUUUGCAUCAUCAGCCAUCAAAAACUAUUUUCCAUAUUAACAGUGUUACUUGAAGCUGCCUACAGUGCUGGUCUGCAGCAGCUACUCAGUUUGUUCUAGUUAGGGUGUUCAGUCUGACAAUAGUUUAACCCAUAAAAUGAGUGUUAUCUUGAUUGCUACAACUAAGGAGGAUCAGAAGCUAAAUUUAUUUUUUUUAAUUUGGAAGACCAGGUAUUGAAUGUGGUGAGCAAAGUUAAAUAUUUUGGUCAUUUCAUUUUUAGGUUUCCAGGAUGGGCAUCUGCAAAUCAAACGGUUGUCACAAGUAAUGUUCCAACUUGUUAGGCCUUACUGAGGAGCUGUAUAAAUACAUGUACCAUUUGAAUGAGUCAAAGAAUUAAAUAGUAAGAGCUUUCACUGUUGUAACAUAUGGUGGGACAAGGAAUACGUCAAGCUUGUACAAACAUUGCAGCAAGUGUCUGUAAAUUAUGUGAUAGUUUCAUCUGCUUGAAGUUUGAUGUUUAGAUGUCUGUCUGUGUGGUUUCUUUCUUUCUAUUAAUGAUAUGGAGUUUUUUUUUCUUGCAAUGAAAGACACUCACAGUGCAUUCACCAAUUUGCCUUCUGAAAGGUCCUCACAUGCAUGCAUUGAUCUCAGUAUCAGCAGGCAAGAUGGAGUUGAGGGUCUUGCCAAGUAAACUUUGACAUGUGUCAGAUGACCACUGAAGCACAUCUACCUCCGUUUAUCUUGGCAAAAAAUUAUUUUCAGGAAUUUAAAUUUUUCCAUUUUAACAGAGACAGUAACCAAGCUCUUCAGUACUUGAAGGUGUUUCGGCCUCAAAAUGAUGAGAUACAGCACAUCAGAGUUUUACUCUAUGGACCAGUCGGAGUGGGGAAGUCCAGCUUCAUCAACUCUGUUAACAACAUCUUACAAGCGAGAAUGACCAAUGAGGCUUUGGCCAGUUCCACAACCUCUGAUCACAGUUUCACCAGGAAGUAUCAAACCUAUAAAAUCAAGAAAGAAGGCACAGGAAACUUUUACCCCUUUGUGUUCAAUGACAUCAUGGGUCUGGAGGAUGGAGAUGGAAGAGGAGUCAGAGCAGAUGACAUCAAACUGGCCAUGAUGGGACAUGUGAAGGAUGGUUAUAAGUUCAAUUCUGUAUCUUCACUUUCUGCUGGUGAUCCUGGCUACAACUCUUCCCCAUCCAACAAUGACAGAGUCCAUGUUCUAGUUUGCAUUUAUUCUGCUAAUGCACCACAAAUGAAUUCCUCUGUUUUACACAAGAUGAAGGAAAUCAGAGAAGCAGCCAGUGAUCUGGGUAUUCCUCAGCUGGCGAUUCUCAGUCACAUUGAUGAAGCCUGUGGUGAAACACAAGCAAACCUGGGAAACGUCUACAAGAGCAAACAUUUAAAGAAAAAGAUGGGUGACUUCAGCUCCAGCCUGGGGAUUCCAAUGAACUGCAUUCUCCCAGUGAAGAACUACAGUGAUGAAAUUCAGCUGAAACCAGAUGUUAACACUCUGAUCCUGAGUGCGGUGAGACUGAUGAUUGACUUUGGAGACGACUAUGCUGACAAACUGAAAACUACAGAGUAGUGUGGACAUCAAAGCAGUAUUAAUGGUUGUUAAUAUUAGCCCUGCCCAGGAUUCCAUUUCCUGACCUUUUACUGCAUGUCUUCCUUGCUCCUCUCUCUUUCUGUUUCCUGUCUGAUUACUUUCAAUAAAAGCCUCUGCUAUUAGGUACAAUAGUUACUGAAUAAUUAAAGAAGCAAUGUGUACAGAACAAUUGUAACAUUGGCCAGUCAGGAAUAAUUUAAUAAAAAUAGGUUUUGUUUUUUGAGUUGUGCCUUUCAUCAUUACUCUGUUUUUUUAUUCAUUUAUUGGUCCAAGAUAUUGAGAGAAAUGCACAUAAUUGCAGAGUUGAACAUCCAAAAACAUUUUGUUGAAUUAUUAUUUUUGUUUUUUCACACAUGCCUUGUUGUCCUAAAGACAUUUAUUCUCACAUAGAAAUAAGUGCCUAUAAUCUCUUCAAAAAAUGUUACAUAAAUAGAAUUGAAAUGUAUGUGGUUGAUGUUGAAUCUGUCUUUAUUACUGGGCUAGUUGGGCUAUAUAAUAGCUGUCUAUUGCUUUCUAUUUGUAAAGAACAACUGAAUAAAGGCACCACCAUAAAAAUUUA